UUCGAGGCGUACAAAAAAAAAAAAAAAGCCGAACGUAACGUACGCGUUCAGAAACAAGCGGCGACACGCAACGUAAAUGCGUGUUCUGACGUUAAGUCGGGUUCAUUCCCACAGUCGGCUAACGCAGGCUUCUCCUUCUUCUGUUGUUUUUAAACCCUCGUUCAAGCUCCGAAAGACGCAUUUUAGCUUAGCAUGCUAACAUAGAAUAGCAAGGCAGUCGUAAAGGCACAUUAACACGACAGUUAGCUAACUAGCAAGCUUAAUCUUGCUAACGGAACUGAACAACUAGCUAGCAUUGGUAGCUAAGUGACGGCCCAAGCACGGUGAAAAAAAGAUCUCAAUCACAUCACCAGCACACAGAAAUUUCAGUAUACUUGUAUUAAACACAAUUCCAAGAGUUGUAGAUACAGCAAAUAAUAAAAAAAGCUUGCACAAAUAGGGGUUAACAGUCAUUUGACAUUUGAAUUAAAGUGACGUUGAUAAACUAAUCCAGUCAUUAUUUUAUAUAAUUGUUAUUUUUUAAAAGGUCAUAUCGUAGCUAGUACUUUUUGUUGUUAUAAGUAUUAUAAUACACCCAGGUUUGGACUCUAGUCCAUCUCGGGACACCUUCACACCUUGCUCAAAAACAAACAAACAGUAGAACCCCUCAUGGAAUUUGUAAUGGUUUUAAUGGGUAUAAUAGCAAUUGUAUUGGUUUUAAUGGAAACUGUAAUGGUGCCUGAGUCUCUACUGGUCAUUUGCUGCCUUGGGGGCGUGUUAUGUCAAGUGGAUACCAUUAAGGACGGGUAAUGGUUUUAAUGGUUAGCUGAUUAAAAUGGUGAAAUAGUAUUUGCAGUAGAAACCAUUAGAACUUCUGGGAUGGUUUCUUUUUCAGCAGGGCAUGCUCAUUCACAGCUACGGGAAAUUUUUAUUAAAGACAAUCCACUUACCAGAAUGUUCUUGGGAGGUGGGAGGAAACCAGAGAACCCAGAGGAAACCCCUUUCAGACAUGUGAACAUGCAAAACUCCACACCCAAGCUCAGGAUCAAACCGUGUGUGGCCCAGAGGAAGGACAUGGCGGAGACAGAGGUGACCGUGUCCAUGGGAGACGUAGUGGUGAUGAAGGCCACUGACGAAGAGGAGGUUGCAGCAGGUGAUUCAAACAAGACACAAGUCAUUCUUCAGCUGCAGCCCGUCACAUCUGGGACUGAAGAUAAUGGAGGAGAGACAGUUACAGCAGAUGAAAUUUUGACAGCGGGAGAGGAUGUUGAGCUGGGAUACCCCAUUACAUGUGGCGAGAGCAAAGCUGUUCUUCUGUUCAAGAAAUUUGUUUGCCCAGGAAUUAAUGUCAAAUGUGUCAAGUAUGAGGACGAGUUAAUCAGCCCUAAGCAGUUUGUCCAUAUGUCUGGCAAAGCUACUCUUAAGGACUGGAAACGGGCCAUCAGAAUGGGGGGUGUCAUGCUCAGGAAAAUGAUGGACUCGGGUCAGUUAGAUUUCUAUCAGCAUAGCACGCUAUGUACCAACACCUGCCGCAGUACCAAAUUUGACCUCCUGAUCAACAACACACGCUUCCCUCCUGACAGCAGUGUACUCAAUACUCCUUUAUCCUCCCAGGGGCAGGUUGCUGUGGGUAAUGGAGCAGAAGUUGUUGUGAUAGAAGAGAAGCCAGAGGAAGCGACAAGCUCUUUGGACUGGUGUAAUGCUAAUGUAGAGGCUUCAAAGAAAAAGGAAGGGGUAGAGAUAUCAGAGGAGACACUGAGCUUCUGGAAAGGCAUAGCGGACGUCGGCCUCAUGGGAGAAGUGGUCAGUAACAUCCGCACAGAGCUGCUGGAGAUGCUGAGAGGGGUACAGCUUCGCUCUGACCAGGCUAACCUACAAGAUGUUGAAGUAGCAGUUCUGAGUAACCUCACUCAAGUGUUUGGCCUGCUGGACUCAAUCAAACGAAUCCUGGCUGUUCGGCGGCAAAUGACUGACCUAGGACAGAAACAGGUCCUCAAAACGUUAACCAGUCUGGAACAGCAGCUGGAGGAGCAGAAGAAGCAGCAAGCUCAGAGCUGGUUGGUUUCGUCUUCGUCCUCCCCUCCUCCACCAAGGCGCGCUCCCAAACGGCCUCGCCUACAACGGCCAGCCUCUGCCACAGUGCUCCAGCCACUGACACUCCACUCACCCCAGUACACACUCAUCUCUCCCAUCACCCUCUCCUCUGUGUGCCAACCCAUUACCUUGCCCGGCCUGGCACAGCCACCUGGUGCGGUCACUCUCUUUACUCACAUGCCACAGCAUGACAGCAAGGCAGAGACCCUAACAUUGGUGGGCACAAUGGCUGCGCAAGAGCCAGCACAGCUGGGCACUGUGGAGCUUGGUGCGUUAGGAUCAGUGGGUACGGUGGAACUGGGAGCAGCAGGUGCAGUGGAAAUGGCAAACACGGUGUUGUUGCAGGAUCACGAGAGCCAAGCAAUUGAGAUCAACCUGCAGAUGGCAGCAGAGACAGGUGGAGCAGCCAAGGAAGAGGAAGAGAGGAGAAGGAUGGAGGGAGCAGGGGAAGAUGGAAGUGGAAUAGUGGUGGGAGAAAUAGAGAAAGAGAUGAAAGUUGAAAUGGAGGAGCUGCAUUUGGAAACCAACGGGCAGAUUCACAACCUACAGAUAUUAGUGGUAGAAGAUGAGGAGCAAAUGCAGGUUGAAGGCAAAUCUGAAUGAUCCAUGUAGAAAAGCGUGUGUGCGCGCUCACACACACACACACACACACACACACGCGCGCGUGCACACACACGCGCACACACAUACACGCACAGACCCCUGAGACAUUUGCACUUGUAUUUUUUUGUACCACUUUCCUAAAAGAGGUCAGCAUGGCCAAGUUUGAAAGUUGUGUAUCUGCUUUUUUUUGUAUGAGCAACUUCAGUAUUCCUUCAUCAACUUUAGAGAGUGCACGUGCAUUUUGAUAUGCUUUUGUAGAAAUGAGUACAGUAUUUUUAUUUUAUUUUAUUGUAUGGAUCAUAGACGAUUCUGUUGAGCACUUUCUUUAGCAUGGUGCCAAAGUGUUAGGAAUUUCCAUCACCUAUGUUCUAUUCUGUUACUCAAGCCAAGAGAGACAACUGUAAUUAAGAAACAAGACUUUGCUCUGUGUACCUUGAUAUAAGCUGGUCUAUCUUGGACUAGACCAAGAGCUGACAUUGAUGCAGACUUACAACUGCCACGCUUGUAAUUGUACAUCAUUUUCAUAUAAUAUAAUAUAAUAUUAUAUUAAUAUAAUAUACAACUAACCACCCAAAAUUUGAAUGGAGAGUUGUACCUGAAAUCUAGAAAAUAUAUGAAUAAUAAUAAUAAUAUAAUUCUACUUUAAACUUAAAUGUGAAAAUAUUAAAGUUGAAUAUCUGCUAUUUUACUAAUGCUUUUAUUUAAGAAUAAUAUUACAGAAGAUGUGAGGCAUGUAGUGCUUUAUUUUUGGUGAGAUGGAUUACUUUCACCCCUGAAACAGUAAAACAUUUCAGACACCAGACAUGGCUUGGCUGAUCGAUUAUAUUUUCAGUAUGUGGAAAGUUGUGUAUGUUUGACAUUCUUUUUAUAUAAUAAUAAUAAUAAUAAUAAUAAUAAUAAUUAUUAUUAUUAUUAUUAUUAUUAUUAUUAUAAUAAUUUAAUUUAUUUUUUUUAAAGACAAAAACAACUAUUCUUUUAAUUGACUGUGUGCAUUUGGCACUAUUUAAGAGUGUGUGUUAGAAUAUGAGCGUUCUAUAUAGAAAUGAAGAAAUGUGUUAAAAAAUAUUUUUAGACGUGAUGGAUUGAGUCCUUCACUGAAGACAGAAUGUCAAAUGUCUUGUAUAUUUUCCCUGAUGAUAAAUGACAGGCUGUAUGGUGUGAAAUGGGUUUAGGGGUUCUUCUCUGGAUCCCUGGUUUUGGAUGAAAGCCAAGAUAAUAAAUGGAUUACAUCGAUUAAAUCCGUAAUCUUAACCUUCUGUUGGCACAGAAAUAGGCAACUAAUGUUUCAAGGGGAAUGGGCUUCAAGAGUCUUCCUGUUUGCUCAGAUUUUGUCUCUUGAAUAAAGAGUCCUUGUUUGUCAA